UCAUCACUCCAUUCUUCCCUGCAAACCACUCGAAUUUUACUGUAAAUUUGUGAAAAAUUUCUGCUAAGAAAUUGACUUUUGAAGAUCAAUCGGAUCGUAGCAGCGAUGGGCUGUACUCAAUCGAAGAUCGAGAAUGAAGAAAUAGUGAAUCGAUGCAAGGAAAGGAAGACGGUGAUGAAAGAAUCAGUAUCUUCCCGGAACGCGUUCGCCGCCGCGCACUUCUCCUACGCCGCUGCCCUGAAGAACACCGGCGCUGCACUCAGUGACUACGCUCAAGGUGAGGUUCAAUUCCCUGACAACCACCAUCCGUCAUCUGUCGACGCAGUUUCAUCAUCGACAACCAUUCUCCCUCCGGCACCACCACAACCACCAUACGAAUCCCUCCUUCCACCUCCACCACCGCCGCUCGAACGAGCCGCGACUAUGCCGGAAUUCUCAAUUGAACCGGAAUUCAAGUCGCAUCCUGACCCGAUCAAGGAAGAAGGGGACGAAGUUGAUGAAAUUGAUGAUCGUGGUUUAAAGCAUCGGAGUAGUUCUAGAGGUAGAAAUGUUGGUUCGAAACGAGAAAUGGAAAAAGAGGAUUUGCCUCCGCCGUCUCCACCGCAGCCAGCACCGCGGCAGAGUGAGAGUAAUCUCAAUCGUGCUGCAUCGCCACCACCUCUGCCUAACGUAAUGUCAUGGGACUUCUUUUUUCCGUCGAUGGAGAACGUCAUUGGACCUAGUUUGGCUGAAGUCGACAACGGGAGUAGAAGAUUCGAGAGAGAAGAGAUCCAUCGGAAAGAGAUGGAGGAGGAGGAGAAGGAGAAACACCGGUCUAUGAAUCAUAAGCACAUGGAUGGUCAUGGCGACGGCGAUGGUAGAAGUGGCGACGGUGGCGAUAAGGGGGUUGAGGAUGUGGCGGCGGAAGUGGUGGAGGAGCCUCCGCCGCCGCCACCUAAAGUUGUAAAGAAGGCGAGGGUUCCGGUUCCAGCUCCGGCAGAAGUCAGGAGAUCAUCCGGGAAGGGAGGUGGACAGAGUCUGAACCUUUUGCAGAUAUUUACCCAGCUUGAUGAUUUCUUUCUGAAAGCUUCAGAGAGUGCCAAUGAAGUUUCAAAGAUGCUUGAGGCCAAUAGAUUGCAUUACCACUCUAAUUUUGCAGAUAAUCGAGGUCAUAUAGAUCAUUCUGCAAGAGUCAUGCGUGUUAUUACCUGGAAUAGGUCGUUUAAAGGAUUCCCCGAGGCCACUGAUGAUAAGGAUGACUUCGAUUCCGAAGAGAACGAAACCCAUGCUACAGUGUUGGAUAAGAUGCUAGCGUGGGAGAAGAAGCUAUAUGACGAAGUGAAGGCAGGUGAACUGAUGAAAUUGGAGUACCAGAAAAAGAUUGCUUCACUAAACAAACUCAAGAAACGCGGUGCCAGCACCGAUCAUUUGGAGCGGACAAAAGCAACCGUAAGUCAUUUGCACACAAGAUACAUCGUAGAUAUGCAAUCAAUGGAUUCCACCGUUUCAGAAAUCAAUCGGCUUCGUGAUGAACAAUUGUACCCAAAACUCGUUCAGCUCGUUGAAGGGAUGGCCGUAAUGUGGGAAAGUAUGAGAAUUCAACACGACAACCAAUCAAAGAUCGUGCAGGCCUUAAGAUCACUCGAUAUCUCCCAUUCGCCAAAAGAAACGAGCGAGCACCACUACAAGAACACACGACAACUUAACGUUUAUGUUGAGGUGUGGCAUGGCCAGUUCGAAAAACUCAUGUUACACCAGAAAGAAUACGUAAAAUCUCUCAACAAUUGGCUAAAACUCAACCUUAUCCCGAUCGACAACAACCUCCGAGAGAAAGUCUCGUCCCCCCAACGACCUCAAAACCCACCAAUCCUAUCCCUUCUCCGAACCUGGCACGAUUUCCUCGAGAAGCUUCCGGAAGAAGGAGCUCGAACCGCCAUCCACAACUUUGCAGCCGUCAUGGACACCAUAUUUCAGUACCAAACGGACGAGAUGAAGAUGAAAGAAAGAUGCGAAGAAACACGAAGGGAAUUAACACGGAAACAACGGAAAUUCGAAGAUUGGUACAACAAAUAUAUAGAGAGAAGAACGUCGGAUGAUAUGGAAAACGACAAGGAUGUGAUUGCCGAUCAGCAGAUCACGGUGGAAGCGUUGAAGCAUCGGUUGGAGGAAGAAGAAGAAGGGUACCAGAGGCAAUGUAUUCAGGUAAGGGAUAAAUCUUUGAUGAAUUUAAAGACGGGUUUGCCGGAGGUUUUCCGGGCGAUGUCGGAAUUUUCUCGAGCUUGUUCGCAUAUGUAUAGAAACUUGAAGUCGCACUCGAGGCCGCAAUAUUCGAACACAAGUUUGUCAUGAGGCAUAAUGUAAACAUAAACUACAUGUUUGUAUGAUUUGCUUGUAUGUUUAAGCAAAUGUUAUUAAUUGAAUUUGUAUGAUUGAAGUUA